AUAGCGGAUGAGCACAAGAAUGAUGCCGACGGAGAGCUCCUGCCGAACAAAGGGACAGGAAGCCCCGAGAGACCGACGGUGCAGACGUUUCAGUCCUUGAUCGGAGGCCUGUUGUGGAUCGCCCGGUGCACUAGGUCAGACAUUGCCUAUACGAUGUAUCGGGUGACGAGGCGCGCACACGCGCCUAAUGUGAGUGAUUGG